ACGUAAGGGGCGUGGUUUGCGCUUAACUAGUUUGGGGGAAAAAAUCACGCAGAAUGGCGCGCUUUUUCUUAGAGUCUGUUUCCAUGGUGAAUCAUCGAUUCGUCGCUCUGUAGAGAAUUGCUGCGUCCCAAUUCGCCUACUUAUACUACGUCCGUCCUUAAAGUAUGUAUGUAAAGAAAAAUACUCUUUCUCUCUCUCUCUCUCUCUCUCUCUCUCUCUCUCUCUCUCGUCACAAAUAGAAAGUGAAAGUAGAGUUCCCCUGUCGCCAUUUUAAGCAGGUAAAAUAUGAAUACGAGUCGGAAAAAACAGAGCAUCAAAGGUGUAAUAGAAACGUUUAUCAAAGUUUAAGCAAGAAUUUCCGUGAAUCUUUAUGAUGUUAAAGCUGGAGAAUUUGAGAACCUGUAACUUGUAAAGUUUGAUGAAGAGUCAAUGGAGGAGAUCAAGCUCAUCAGAUUCAACUGCAUGCUUCAUCAUGGGUGAUUCACAAGGAUCCAGAGAUGGAGAUUUUUCUCCAGGGUGCAGUUCAGUCCAGCAGAAGAGCUCAAAUCCAGAGUCCAGCUGUGUUUCUAUGAAGAGUAACUGCUCUAUGGAUCCACCACUAUAUUUUAAGAGUGGAGACAAACGGCCUUAUCUCAGUUCAGUCCAGCAGAAGAGCUCAAUCCCAGAGUCCAGCUGUGUUUCUAUGAAGAGUAACUGCUCUAUGGAUCCACCACUAUAUUUUAAGAGUGGAGAUAAACGGCCUUAUCUCAGAUUUAAAACCAGUUCAGUCCAGCAGAAGAAAUCAAAACCAGAGUCCAGCUGUGUGUUUAUGAAGAGUAACUGGUCUAUGGAGGAGCCAUUAAAUUUUAAGAGUGGAAACACACAGUCUGAUCUCAGGUCAAAACUUCUAUCCAGACCAGUUAAAAACCAAACUGUGUACACGCCAAUGAUUCAACCACAAGAAUCGAAUGAAAACAUGUAUCCUGGUUUCAGCCACGACUCUAAACUUGCUGAAGUCCUCAACAAAUUGAAAUCAAAUCUGAGAAGGAAGUUUGAGUGUUUGCAUGAGGGAAUAUCAAAGCAGGGAAACUCAACACUCCUGAAUGAGAUCUACACAGAGCUCUACAUCACAGAGAGUGAAAGUGGAGAUAUCAGCAAUGAGCAUGAGGUGAGACAGAUUGAGGCACAGUCCAGAAGAGCAGAAACAGAGGACACACCGAUCAAAUGCAAUGACAUCUUUAGACCUUUACCUGGACAAGACAAACCCAUCAGAACUGUGCUGACAAAGGGAGUCGCUGGCAUUGGAAAAACAGUCUCUGUGCAGAAGUUCAUCCUGGACUGGGCUGAAAGGAAAGAGAAUCAGGACGUCCAGCUCAUAUUUCCACUUCCUUUCAGAGAGCUCAACCUGAUGAAGGACAAAACAUUCAGUCUUUCAGAUCUUCUUCUCGUCUUUUUCCCUGAAACAAAAAAAAUUGAAAUAUCCAGUAAUGAAUAUAAAGUGGUGUUCAUAUUUGAUGGUCUGGACGAGUGCCGUCUGUCUCUGGAUUUUCAAAGCGAUGUGAGGUUGUGUGAUGUAAGUGAAUCGGCCUCAGUGGACGUGCUGCUGACGAACCUCAUUGCGGGGAAUCUGCUUCCCUCUGCUCUCAUCUGGAUCACCUCCAGACCAGCAGCAGCUGAUCUCAUCCCCACUGAGUAUGUCCAUCGAAUGACAGAGGUACGAGGCUUCAGUGACCCACAGAAGGUGAAAUACUUCAGGAAGAGAAUCAGUGAUCAGAGUCUGGCCGGCAGGAUCAUCACGCAUCUGAAGUCAUCAAUGAGCCUCUUUAUUAUGUGUCACAUCCCAGUGUUCUGCUGGAUCUCAGCCACAGUUCUAGAGAAGAUGUUGAGUGAAGCAGAGAGUGGAAAGAUUCCCAAGACUCUCACUCAAAUGUACACACACUUCUUGAUCAUUCAGACCAACAUCAAACAUGAGAAGGACUAUGAGAAGAAAGUGAAAGAUGAAGACAUGAUUGUCAAACUGGGGAAACUGGCUUAUCAGCAGCUUGUGAAAGGCAAUGUGAUCUUCUAUGAGGAAGACCUGAGAGAGUGUGGCAUUGAUGUGACAGAAGCAUCAGUGUACUCAGGAUUGUGCACCCAGAUCUUCAGAGAGGAGUUGGGCUUGUAUCAGGGGAAAGUCUUCUGCUUUGUUCAUCUGAGCAUUCAGGAACAUCUAGCAGCGCUAUAUGUGCAUCUCUCCUUUAUAAACAAUAACAUCAAUGUGUUUGACCAGAUUACCAAACCAACUAAUGGAGACAAAUUUUCACUAUCUGAUCUCCAUCAGAGAGCUGUGGAUGAGGCUUUAGACAGUAAAAAUGGGCAUCUGGACCUUUUCCUUCGUUUCCUUCUGGGUCUGUCAUUGAUGUCUAAUCAGAAUCUCUUACAAGAACUAAUGAAACAGACAGGAAAUAGCUCAGACAUCAAUGAGAAAACAGUUGACUACAUUAAAGACAAGAUCAGUGAGAAUCCCUCUCCUGAUAAAUACAUCAAUCUGUUUCAUUGUCUGAAUGAACUGGGUGAUCUUUCACUAGUGAACGAAGCUCAACCUCAUAUGAGGUCUAGUGGAUUACGUAAUGUGAAACUCUCCUCAUCUCAGUGGUCAGCUUUAGUUUUUGUGUUGUUGACCUCAGAGCAGGCAAUGCAUAAGUUUAACCUGAAGAGUUUUAUUGGAGGGGAAAAAUAUCUGGAAUCGUUGACAGAUGACAGACUGGAGCUUGGAACAGACACAGAGGAACUCACACGAGACGUGCACUGUGUCUGGGUGAUGCCAAGCCUUCUGUCCCGGCUGGUAGUUUGGAGCGUUGAAGGUUGGCUGUCAUCCUGCGACUGCGUAGGGCUCGUUGGAGCUGAUGGUGUGCGGAGUCCCAGACCCUCUUGCUCUCUCGGAACCAGUAGUCGACCGCUGGUACAUCUGAGGGUUCCCCUGACCAGGGGAACAGUGGGGGUCGGUAGCCAAGUACGCACUGGAAUGGGGACCACUCCCACUCCAGUGGUCGAGGCGUCGACCUCCACGACAAAGGAUUUUUCAGGGUCAGGAUGCACCAGGAGAGGAGCGGUGGUGAAGGCUUCUUUAAGGGUCUCGAAGGCUUGGGUGGCAGCUGGGUUCCAGGACAGAGACUUGGGCUUACUGCGCAGGAGGUUGGGAAGUGGAGUGGAGAUGAUACUGUGUGGUUGCAUCUCCAGGACCAGUGAACAUUGCUGGAGGAAUCCGUUGCAAUCCUCUGCCGAACCAGAGAAGGACGCCGGUUUGGCCAUGGGACUGGCGAUGGCAGGUGGUGAGGAAGAAGCGCUGGUGAAGAUGCGGAGUGAAGAUUGUGCCAUUGUUCUCUGCAGGUUGAGGGAUUGUGGUGUCACAGAUAAAGGUUGUGCUGCUCUUGCUUCAGCUCUGAGAUCAAACCCCUCACACCUGAGAAAACUGUAUCUGUCUAAGAAUAAACUAGGAGACUCAGGAAUGAAGCCACUCUUUGCUGUACUGGAGAAUCCUCAUUGUAAACUGGAUGAACUAUGGUUAAGGCAGUGUGGUGUCACAGAUGAAGGUUGUGCUGCUCUGGCUUCAGCUCUGAGAUCAAACCCCUCACAUAUAAGAAUACUGUAUCUGACUGAGAAUAAACUAGGAGACUCGGGAGUGAAGCUGCUCUCUGGAGUACUGGAGAAUCCUCAGUGUAAACUGGAGGAACUGGGAUUGAGUUAUUGUGGUGUCACAGAUGAAGGUUGUGCUGCUCUGGCUUCAGCUCUGAGAUCAAACCCCUCACACCUGAGAGAGCUGGAUCUGUCUGGAAAUAAACUAGGAAACUCAGGAGUGAAGCUGCUCUCUGAUCUGAAGGAUAAUCCACAUUAUAAACUGGAGACACUAUGGUAA